UGGAGGCAAAGAGGAGAUGGCUGCUGCUGUGGAUGGGUCGGCCCUGCUCUGGUUAGCUCUGCUGUUCUUCUCUCCUGAUGAGAUGCUAACAGCCCCUCAGAAAACGGUGAUCACCUUGAGCCCCCCGUGGAACAGAAUCUUUGAAGGAGAAAGUGUGACUCUUACAUGUAGUAAGAACAAUCACACUUCAGACAGCUCUACUAAGUGGUUUCACAAUGACACCAACUCUGCAACAACCACUUCAAAGUAUACCAUUGUAAAUGCCACACUUCAAGACAGUGGGAAGUAUGAAUGUCAGUACCAAAAUUUGAGGAGGAGUCAACCCGUACACCUGGAAGUGUGCAAGAACUGGCUGCUCCUUCAAACUUCUGCGGAGAUGGUGCCAGAGGGCGAGUCCCUAUCCCUGAGGUGUCAUGGUUGGAAGAAUGUGACCAUCUACAAGCCAAUCUACUACAAGGAUGGCCAGGCUUUCAAGUACUGUUAUGAGAACAGUGUCUCCAUUACCAUUGCGACUAUGGGACUUCCUAACAGUGGUACUUAUCAUUGCUCUGGAUUUUUUAGCCCCAAGCACUGGGAGGAGGAUUAUAGAUAUUAUUCUGAGCCCCUCAUGAUUACUGUCCAAAAAGCUCAUCCAAGCAAGUAUAUCUGGCUGCAGCUCACUAUCCCUCUGUUGGUGAUGAUUCUGCUUCUGGUAGAUACCUGGUUAUAUGUCUCCACUGGUGAGCAGUUCAAAUCUUUCUUGAAGAGGAAACCCCUGAGAAAGGCAACAAACUGUGAGACUCACAUCCUGUAGCAGACCUCCAAAGGAAUGAUGCUGUUGUCUAAGAAGCAGUUUGCAACAGUCUUUUUUUUUUUUUUUUUUUUUUAACAGCAUAAAGAAUUGCUUUUCAUUUCUCCAACACAGCUCUCAAAAUACGUGGAAAAAAAUCUGUGGUCAAGGAUUUAUAGAACUCCCUCACUAAAUCAAAUGUGACUGGUUAUGUGGCAUGUAAUAC